CCUUCUACGUCUACCACCAUGGCCUACUAUCCGUACCGUCAACAACCUAUCAAAGGUCUAUACCUCACUUAUCAAUUCUUCACCACUGUCUUCUUUCGUUUUCCGGUCUGGAUCCUUUCAUCUAUCCCGAGGUCUUUUCGACCCCGGAAUUCCUGGGAUCUCAGACGUGCAGUCACCAUCCAUUUCAUACGGCACAUGAUUGCUCUUACCUCCCGAACCGGUCCACUCGUUAAAACACCCACCCACCUCGCUAUUGAACCCGUGCCAAAAGGUGACGGACACGUCCCAGGCAUUUGGAUCUCCCCCGCAUCUUCUUCCUAUAUCACCGGCUCCCUCGAACUUUCAGCGAAGAUAGCUGGUGUAUCCGGGACACGAAUUCCUGGUUAUUGGUUACACAAAAAGGGAUCUACCAUUGAACCUGGAGCGUCCCCCAUGCCAGGAGAGAAAGUCGUACUUGCACUACAUGGUGGUGCGUACAUCAGGCUAUCCGCGCAUCCUUCCGACGCUACUGCCAGCAUCGCAAGGGGUUUACUCAAAAAUUGCGACAAUGUUCUUCGAGUGUUAAGUCCGGAAUAUCGUCUAUCUUCGGCUAAGCCCUGGAAGGAAGCGAAUCCUUUUCCAGCUGCGCUUUUGGAUGCGUUAGCUGCAUACCAGUAUCUCGUUGAAGAAGUCGGAUUUUCACCGGAAGAUAUCAUAGUUGAGGGUGAUUCGGCUGGUGGGAAUCUCGCGCAAGCUUUAACGAGGUAUCUGGUCGAGUACAAAGACGCUAUCAAACCUCUCGGUCCUCCCUCCGCUCUCAUCCUUCUUUCCCCGUGGGUGGAUAUCAACCACACCCAUCAUGGACAGGAUUCCUCUCUCAUUAGGAAUUUACCGUCAGAUUACUUGGGGAUCUCUGCUGAGAGAAACCACUCAUCCGGAUAUGCUGGUCACGCGUUUACAGGUCCCCAUGGGUUAGGCUUUGCGGAUAGAAAUCCGUACAUUUCGCCCGCUUCUUUAAAGCUAGGGGAUGAGGAUGUUAGCUUUACUGGGUUUCCGAAGACAUUUCUCGCUGUUGGGGGUGCGGAGGUGUUGUAUGAUCAGAUUCAUACACUUAAAGAACGGAUGGUGAGAAGUUUGGGAGUAGGGAAGGUGAGGUGGUAUGUUGCUGAGGAUGGCGUGCAUGAUUAUGUUGCAUUGCCCAUACAUGAACCGGAGAGGACGGAGACGUUGAAGGCUAUCGCGGAGUGGUUGGCUUAGGCUGCGUGAGGCGUAGUGUGGGUGUAUUUAAAUAAUUUACGGUGUUGUCCGCAAGGUCGUUCCUUUCUCUCCUUACUGCACUGAAAUGAUCACCUUCACGACUGUAUUGAGUAAAUGUAAACCGGUUGUGUCCUGC